AUGAAUAAAUCGGUUCUCUCCUCGAACUUUCUAUUGGUGCCUCGCGAACGAAACCAUUCUUUAAAGUCUGAUACUUUAUCUGAUCCCGCCGAUCAAUCUGGAGAUUCGAAUGAGCUCAUCGUUAUUGAAGAUCUCGAUUUCGCUGCGCUAAGGCUUAUUAAAGUUCUAAGACUUAAUCAUUUACCCAUGGAUCUUCAAAAGAAGGACGUGCAGGAGACUGAGUUCAAGCAUGGCGUGCAUCAAACAGGUACGAGGUUCAAGAAGUCGUUGGGAAAGGAAACUAUGAUAAACGAUGUGUUUAACCACGUCUCUGAUGCAAAUAGGAUUCUCAGAGAGAUCAACUUGCUGUGGUUGCUUCGUCAUCCAGAUGUUGUGGAGAUUAAGCACAUCAUGCUACCUCUUACGCACAGAGAGUUCGUGGAUAUUUACGUUGUGUUUGAGUUGAUGGAAUCUGAUCUUCAUCAGGUGAUUAAGGCUAAUGAUGAUUUGACUCCUGAGCAUUAUCAGUUUUUCUUGUACCAGCUUCUCUGUGGUCUGAAGUAUGUUCACGCAGGUUUGAGCUUCUGA